CAUCAUCAAAGGUCCUUCAUCCGGUUAGGCGCUAACUACGACUACAAGCCUUUGGCUCCUCCCUCCAGUAAGAACACGUGAUCGUGACAUCAUCAAAGGUCUUCUAGCUCGCAUCUUGCUGAUGGAGUUUGUGUGUUGUUGGCGCAGGUAGAGAUCGCCUUUAUAUGGUGUCUGUGUAAGCGGGGCUCCUCCGGGGAAAGUCGGCCGCCAUGGGGAAGUCAUUCGCUAACUUCAUGUGUAAGAAGGAUUUCCAUCCUGCUUCCAAAUCCAACAUAAAGAAGGUAUGGAUGGCCGAGCAGAAAAUAUCAUAUGAUACGAAAAAACAGGAUGAUUUGAUGCAACAGUACUUAAAAGAACAAGAGUCCUAUAACAAUCGAUUACUGCUGGGUGACGAAAAAGUGAAAAAUGGACUAACUUUUAUGUAUGAAGCACCACCGGGGGCUGAGAAAGAAAUUAAAGAGAAUGAGGGGGAGACUGACUACAAAUUUGAGUGGCAGAAGAUGGCUCCUCGAGAAAAGUAUGCCAAAGAUGACAUGAACAUCCGAGAUCAACCUUUUGGUAUUCAGGUCCGUAAUGUGAGAUGUAUUAAAUGUCACAAGUGGGGUCACGUGAACACAGACAGAGAAUGUCCAUUAUUCGGCCUCUCCGGGAUCAACGCGAGCUCAGUCACUGCAGAUGGAUCAGGGCCAUCAAUGCACCCCUCGGAGUUAAUGGCGGAGAUGAGAAACAGUGGGUUUGCACUGAAACAAAAUGUACUGGGAAGAAAUCUGACCGUAAAUGAUCUAUCACAGGGAUAUGUUGUCAGUGAACCUGAGGAAGAUGAUGAUCCGGAAGUGGAAUUUUUAAAAUCCUUAUCUACAAAGCAAAAGCAGAAGCUUUUGAGAAAACUGGAUCGCCUUGAAAAGAAAAAGAAAGAAAAGAAAAAGAAGGCACAGAAGAAAAAAAGUAAAACGAAGCACAAAAAACGCAAAAGCAGCAGUUCUUCCAGUGACUCCUCUUCUAGCAGUGACAGUGACUCUACCAGCGAUGAGGAGGAAAAGAAGCGUAAGAAGAAGUCCAAGAAUAAGAAGUCUUCUAAAAACUCUGACGAUGGUAGCAGUGAUGGUGAAGAGCCGUCUCGGUUAAGGAAAAGCAAAGAUUCAGAUGAGCCUUCCACUAGCCACAGAAAGGAAGAUGGUGGACAGGAAGACUGUAGGAGAGGUAAAGAUUUCCAGAGGCCCCAUGAUGAUAAAGAAAAGAGGGAACAUCACAGAACACAGGAAGACAACAGAGGUCAUCACAGGGAAGAGAGAACAGACAAGAGUCAGAGACACGAAAAAUCUAGAUCUCACAGAAGUCCAAGCAAUGAACGAUCCAGAAGCCACCGGCGUAGAAGCAGAAGUUCGAGCAGAAGUAACUACAGAGAUAGAAGAGAAUAUGAGGAUGGAAAAGACAAGGGGAAGAGCAGAGAUCAAAGAAGCCGAAGUAGAGACAGGGGGAGAAGUAGAAGCAGAGAGAGGGACCACAAGAGGAGAUAGACUAGGUGUACAUAUCUUCACUGACCGCUUCUUUACAUGUGGUUUAAACAUAUGUUUCCUCUUACAUUAAACUGUUUUAGUUCUUUAGAGAAAGCAGGAUUAUGUUGUAUUAUUGGAUGUCUCCUAGCAUGUUGUCAUCUUGUUCUACUGAAUUGAUAUUUAUGUUGCAAUUUUAAACCAUUUCUUGUUCAGAAUCUUUGUUAUACUUCAUCUUUUAUUAUAAAGAAUGAUGUUCUGCCUUGGACUUGAAAAAGAGCAAUAAAAUUAUAUUUGGCUCCAUU